UAUCAAGCACCUCGACGUAACUGCAGUUGUGCAAAGAAGUCCAUCGUGGUUGCUUCGACCAAGUAUCUCGAAUAAAACCAGCCUCUUGUAUCACUUCGGUACACCACCUGAAAGAAAAGAUCUCACCAGACUACGUUAUCCUAUAAUUAUCCGUGUACGAGAAAAUCGAAAUAGAUCGCAGACAGGAUGUCAGAGAUCUCGCAAACAACAUUAAUUGCCGAGGACAUAUCGGACCGAAGGCUAGACUUAUAAGCGAUCUUAUUACCGGAGCCACGUCGAGCAGUCGUAAGCCGUUCGUGAGAUAGCGAGGAUGGACAGAUGGGUAGGAAAGGUGGCCGUGGUCACGGGAGCAAGUGCCGGAAUCGGGGCUGCGAUCGUCAAGCAAUUGGUCAGCCAUGGCAUGGUGGUGGCAGGGCUUGCCAGAAGGGUGGACAAAAUAAAGGAGCUGGAGCAAGAGUUGGAGGAAUGUUCUGGAAAACUUUACGCCGUCGAGUGCGACGUGUCGAAGGAAGAGAGCAUAAUCGCAGCUUUCGCAUGGGUGCAAGAAAAUCUGGGCCCUGCAAACGUGCUGGUCAACAAUGCUGGAAUGACCAAGGAAUCUUCUCUAAUAGAUGGCAAUUUAGAGGAUUGGCGUGCUGUCUUCGACGUGAAUGUUUUUGGAUUGUGUCUCUGCACUAAGGAAGCGAUUCGCAUGAUGCGUGAAACAGGGGAGGAGGGUGUCAUUAUAAACGUGAACAGUCUUGCGGGUGAGAGAGUACCUUUUAUACCUGGGUUCUCCGUUUAUCCAGCUUCAAAGAGAGCCAUCACUGCUCUGGCACAGACUCUGCGACACGAACUCACGGAAACCCAAAUUAGAGUGACGGGUAUCAGCCCGGGACUGGUGGCCACGGAGUUAAUGGUGUCCUAUAGCACGUAUUCAGAGGAGGCGCUAGCAUCGUUUCCCACACUAGAUCCAAAAGACGUCGCCACAGCCGCGGUGUACAUCCUAACAUGUGCUCCACAUGUCGUUGUACAAGAUAUCAUUCUGCGACCUCUGGGAGAAUCUUGGUAGUGAAAGCGGGAAACGAUUCGAGAUUAGUUAUACUAUUGUUAGAACUAAUUAUUCGUUACACUAGUUACCGCACAAACGAUCGUUAUAGAUGGAAAACAGAAUAGAAUAGGACAAGGUAUAUACUCUAUGGACCAAAAGUCCCGAAGAACUUGCCUAGUUGCUAAUUUUAUUACCGAUUUAGUGUCACGUGCAGCUGGUACCGGUAACAAUUUGCUUUAUGUCAGAUUUUUAAAACUAACUUGACGAAUUCUUAAUAUUUCAGUAUCUCAACGCUACUAUAUACACCAUUAUACUUUAGGAAACUUUAAACUAACUUCAAAUCCCUAAUACUAAUAUGUACCCCAAUUUGAGACCCCUAACUUCCACUCCGUUAAUUUUUUAAUAUUCAUUUUUCUCCCUUUUGCAUAAAGAAAGUUAUCAACUUUAUAUAACUAUUCUCGAUCUUCCCUCUGAAAAGAAUCGUCCGAAUAUUUUAGGUUUUCCGUUCAAUCGGCGAUGUAGGAAUUAAAAACAACGAAGUUCGCGAAGACACGCAUCUUUUAUCUGUUUUUCCAUUUCCUCCAGUCUAUUUUAUAGAUAACCUAUCUGCCUCGUGUUCUAUUUAAUUAUCAUCUAAAAACGACGUUUUCCUGCGAUGGAAAUGAUUCAGCUUGCCGAAAAGAAGAAGGCCUUCGCUCCACCGGAAACACGUUACCAGCACCCUUUUAAGGAAGCUAUGAAAGUGAGAUCUCUAUACCCUUACAUCUCUUUGAUAUUAGCGUAAUGUUUAUUCCCUAAAUAUUACAUUAAAAUUAUAAGCGAUUAGAAUGGAAUAUAUAUUUAUUCCGUGAGAACUGAAUUAAAAAUUAUAGGCAAUUAGAAUGCAAUAUAUAUUUAUUCUAUGUAUAAGUAUCGUAUUAGAAAUGUAACGAUACAAAAAUAUAAUAACGUGAAAAUUAAAGAGAACACUUUUUUCACAAUAAUUGGAGAAGUUGGUGGUAAUUGGAUUGAGCUACAAGGCUUUUACAUACGUGUGAUUGAACUAGUUAGGAGAAUUAUGGCGUACCCACAAGCUGCUUAGCAAGAGACAGGAAAUACGGGAAUCGAAACGUUUAUUGAGGGAAGCGAGUAAUCUAUUGAAGGAGGGGGAAAAAUUGGAGAGAGUCUAUCGUUUAAUUAACAAAGGAUUGUUUUACAAUCCGAGCUUCCACCCGCUUCAUGCUUUAAAGGGGGACGUUCACUUGCUUCAAGGUUUGAAACUAUGACAUAAAACUAUCAUAACACGAUACCGAUUAUAGAUAAAUUUAAGUUUGGACUUUAAUUUUUAUACAUAUAUGUAGAAUAUAUCGUAUCCUCGCUGGUGGUUAAAUUAGCAGA